AUGUCGCCGAUAAUCCGCUACAAGCUCGUCUUUUUCGUGCCGCGAGCCAAUACACGCUCGGUGCUCGACAAACUAUUCGAGAAAUGCCCGCGGUUUGUAGGCAAGAUUGGAGACUAUGAGCACUGCGCGUUCAUUACUCCUGGGACUGGCCAGUUUAAACCUGUUGGAGACGCGAACCCUACUAUCGGAUCGGUUGGACAGGUCGAGAGCGUGGAAGAGGAUAGGGUCGAGGUUGUUGUGAAUGACCAAGGGCAACAAGAGGAAAUCAAGACAGCUAUUGAAGAACUAAAGAAGGUGCAUCCAUACGAAGAGGUAGCGUACGAUGUAUACCGUGUCGAGGGAUUGUAG